AUGCUGUUGAUGCUGCUUGCUGACAGCAUAAAGAAGGAGGUGAUCCGUUGUCUGCCUUCUCUACGUCGCGUAAUAUGUUGGGGUUUAUAUAAAAGCUACAAUACAUAUUCAGAGGGGGAGAAGCGAAAGGCUGAGGAAUGUAUAGAGUUGCUGCAGCAGCAGCUGCAGCAGAGCCAGCAGCAACAGUUGCAGCUGCAGCAGCUGCUAGAUAAAGCGCACGCAGAAGCAGCGGAAGUAUCGGGUAUAGGACGGUGCAUUCAGUCUCUGGCGAAGCAAAAAAACAAAAACGCAGAAAUACAGCAAAAAGCAAAAGCUCUCAUCAGCAGCUUGAAGGAGAGAAUUGCUGCUGCUUCUCAGCAGCAGCAGCAGCAGGAACAGCAGCAGCAGCAGCAGCAGCAGCAGCAGCAGCAGCAGCAACUGCAGCAGCAGCGAGAACUGCAGCAGAUGCAACAGCAACAGCAACAGCUGCAGCUGCAGCAGAAAAAACCAAUCCCGCAGCAGCAGCAAGCAAACAAACAGCAGCAUCUUUCGGCUCAACAGCUGCAGCAGCAGCAGCAGCAGCAGCAGCAGCAACAGCAGCACGAACUGCAACAACAGCAGGAAAAGCAGCCGCAGCACCAGCAAGAACAGCAGCAGCAGCAGCAGCAGCAGGACAACGAGCAGGAACAGCAGCAGCAGCAGCAGCAGCAGCAGCAGCAGCAGCAGCAGCAGCAGCAGCAGCAGCAGCAGCAGCACAGCAGCAGGAGCAGCAGCAGCAAAAGCAGCAGUGAGAAACUGCAGCAGAUGCAGCAGCAACAGCAACAGCUGCAGCUGCAGCAGAAAAAACUAAUCCCGCAGCAGCAGCAAACAAACAAACAGCAGCAUCUUUCGGCUCAACAGCUGCAGCAGCAGCAGCAGCAGCAGCAGCAGCAGCAGCAGCAACAGCAGCAAGUACUGCAGCAACAGCAGGAAAAGCAGCAGCAGCAGCAGCAAGAACAGCAGCAGCACGAAGACGAGCAGCAGCAGCAGCAGCAGGACAACGAGCAGGAAGAGCAGCAACUGCAGCAGCAAGAACAGCAGCAGCAGCAGCAGCAGCAGCAGCAGCAGCAGGAUGACGAUGAAGAGAUGCAAUGCUCCCCCUAA